AUGGGCGGGUCAGUGUUGUCAGUGCUCUGCCGUUUCUCUCAGGAAUACAUGGCGGGGAUUCCGCUCUGGCUGAAGCUGCUGGAUUCAUACUUGCUGUACAUGGUGCUGAGUGGAGUAGCUCAGUUCCUUUACUGCAUGCUGGUCAGUACUUUCCCCUCCAACUCCUUCCUGUCCGGAUUCAUUGACUGUGUGGGGGCCUUUGUGCUGGCAGUUUGCUUGCGGAUACAGAUCAACCCCCAGGACAAAGGAUAUUUCAUUGGCAUCUCACCUGAGCGAGCAUUUGCAGACUGCCUCUUUGCCAGCACCAUUCUUCAUCGAGUGGUGAUCAACUUCAUAGGCUGA